UUGUGCGUCGCAAGCGUGCGCGCGCACGUCCAGUUUGGGUAAAAGUAACUGAGCUGGAAUGAAUACAAUACACUAUAGGAAUUAAUUGCUAUUCUCUCAAUGAAUUUUCAAAGUUUUAUCCCCUCGGAACGGUUUAGCUAGUCAGCUGGUACAGCAUUAGCUGCUUGGCUAGCUCUGCUGUGCUAACUGGACAAUGAGAGGUCCGUCCACAGGACGAGAGAGCGUUUGUGUCUUGAGAAAGACCUGGUAAGAGUACACUCAAAAUGAGCAAGAAACUUCCAAAUCGACCAGGGAUCAUUUUUGAGGUUGGCGCCAGGGUUGAGGCCCGGGACUACCUGCAAAAAUGGUACCCUUCACGUAUCGAAAAGAUUGAUUACGAUGAGGGAAAGAUGCUUGUGCAUUUUGACCGUUGGAGCCAUAGGUACGAUGAAUGGAUUCUCUGGGACAGCAACAGAGUUCGACCAUUAGAGAGACCGGCGCUUCGCAAAGAGGGUCUCAAAGAAGAGGAGGUGUCUGAGAGACUCAGCGAGAUGAGAGCAUCUCGCCUUCGUGAGCUUCCUGAAAGUACAGAGAGCACAGAGGACCAAAAAGACUUAACCCAGCAGAGACAAGAAUUGAGAGAUGGUGAGGAGGUGCUUGCCCGAUGGACAGAUUGCCGCUACUACCCUGCCAAGAUUGAAAGUAUCAACAAGGAAGGCACUUACACUGUACAAUUUUAUGAUGGAGUCAUUCGCUGCGUGAAAAGAAUCCAUAUCAAGUCCAUGCCAGAAGAUGCAAAAGGACAACAGGACUGGAUCGCUCUGGUGAAGGCUGCUUCAGCUGCAGCCAAGAAUAAAGGCGGGAACAGACCACGCACCAGCGCCAACAGCAACAAGGACCGAGAGGACAGGAGGGAACAGCAGUCAGAUGAAGAGCUUGACGAUGACGAAGAUGAUGAUUAUGAGAGUGAAUCAGAGAAACUUGCAGAACUGGACUCUGAAGAGGAGGACAGUAAGCCGGCUGCUGAAGAGCUUGAACCUGCUACAGCAAAAAGGAGGAGCAAACGACAAGGCAACUUGUGCAGCAGUAAAAGGAUGCGUCUCAGCAAGGGGGCAGGAUGUGCUGACACUGAGUCUGAAUGCAAAGCAGAGUCAAAAGAGCUUUCAGUGACAUCACAGCAGAAAGCGUCAGGUGCAGAGGCUAGUCCAGCUGAUGAGAGAUCCCAGUCCGUCAGUUGUCAAAAAACCCCAGCAUCCCUCUCUAGCCCAUCCCUGUGUAAGUCUCGCUCAAGAAGAUUCAAACAUGACUCGGGAGAGUCCACCACUAGCAAUCAGAACACAACCGCAGCCCCCGAACCCAGUCCUUCACCCAGUUCGACACACUCCCUCCCAGACAGUACACACACAGCCCCUACCAACUCCCCUCAGAGAAGGAGACGAUCUCAGCGUCUAGCAACAAGCUCUGACCAGGCUUAUCCCUCUUCACCACACACGAGGGAUUCCAGCACUCACCCUCCUCCUCCUCCUCCUCCAGAUGACUCUCAAAAAGAUGUUGAAGACAGCAGCACUGCAGUUAAAACAGAAGCUCCUCCACAAAAGCCAGCUUCAGGAAGCCCAUCCACAGCUCCUCCUACUAGCGUUGCUCAGUCACCAAUCAGUGAGAAGGACAAGAUGACUGACGUGUUGUCCAGUAAUCAAACAACACUUGAAGUGAACUCGCCUUCUGUAGUGACAGUUGCAUUUCAGAAAGUUCCUUCCAGGACUCCUAAAGCCAACAAACACGCCAGAGAGCCAAUUAUUAACACCAAGAAGUCUGAUGACCCCACUGCUCCCAAUGAGACUUUAAUAGACCUGGACCAUAAUAAAUUUAAGUGUAAAGUCCCUGGCUGCUCUAAAGCAUUCCGGAAAGCAAAACUGCUGGACUAUCACCUGAAGUACUAUCAUAACACCGAGAAAGAAAUGGACAGCGAGGUCUGCUCACCAGAGAGGGUGGGCCGCACUAGGGCCACUUCUGCUUCCAUGCCUACAAGCACCUUGUCAGAUAUGCCAGAUAACAAGAGACGCAGGACCGUCUCUACUUCUUCCUCUCUGUCCUCUCAGGCCUUCAUGCUUCAAAUGGACAGCUCUGGCUGUGUGAGGCCUCCUAAGUUCUGUAAGAAGAAACGUUCUUCUGCUUCUGUCAGUUCAGACAGUACAGAGGUCUCCCUACCACCUCCCAACUUUGAUAAUCUCCAUGACAAGAUUAUCAAGAAGGAAAAGCACCUAGAUGGACUUUGUAUAAAGACAGAGCGGAAAUUCAAACUGGUGGAUAAAUGUCAGUUGUUUGUGAAAAAGAGGGAUAAAGACAGAAGGGACAGGAAAGAGAAGGACAUUUUCCGAAUUAAACAGAAGAAAAAGAAAAAAAAGAAGAAGAAAUCAAAACUGCACUGUUACUCAGACCUGGAUGAGAUGUCGUUGGCUUAUUUGGAUAGGCCGUCUUCCCCAAUGCAUCGUUCUUCCUCUAGUGCCUUCAAGCACAGCACCUUCCAAUACCCUCGUGCCAUACUGUCCGUCGACCUCACCGGGGAGAACCUAUCAGACAUCGACUUCCUGGAAGACUCGACCACUGAGAGUUUGCUGUUCAGUGGAGAUGAGUAUAACCAGGAUCUAGACUCGAUCACUAUGGAGGACUUCCAGGAUGAGGAUGAUGAUGGUGCCAAUGAAAUCGUUCGUUGCAUCUGUGAGAUGGAUGAAGAAAACGGCUUUAUGAUUCAGUGUGAGGAGUGUAUGUGCUGGCAGCACAGUGUGUGUAUGGGGCUUUUGGAGGACAGCAUCCCUGAUCACUACAUAUGUUACAUCUGCAGAGAUCCUCCAGGUCAGAGGUGGAGUGCUAAAUACCGCCAUGAUAAAGACUGGCUACAAAAGGGCCACAUGUAUGGCCUGUCCUUCCUCACAGAGAACUACUCGCAUCAGAACGCCAAGAAGAUCGUGUCCACUCACCAGCUGCUGGCUGAUGUUUACAGUGUUAAAAACUUGCUUCAUGGCCUUCAGCUGAAGAUGGAUAUUUUACAGAACAAACACAACCCAAGUUUACACUUGUGGGCCCGGUCUUGGGUGAACUCUGAUGAGGACCAGCCUAUGGGUGGCGUUCCAGACUGCCUACAUUUCAAAGAGCACCUCAACCAGAACUUAAGCCCUGAAACUUAUAUUACCAGUGAGCACAGCUACCAGAAACCUCCCGGUACAGGCCUCGAACACACAAGGGAUGAGCAGGGGUUGCAAACAGCCUCUCAGUUUAACCGAAAGGAAGAAGAGGUGAGCAGUGCCAUUGCUCUGUCUGGCUGUGUGAAUGACAGCAAUAUGGGCUCCAUGGAGCAGGCCAGGAACUGUCUGCAGUGGCAGAUGAACCUGCUUACACACAUAGAGGAUGUUCAGAACCAGCUGUCUGGCCGUAUGGACCUUAUCGAGAAAGAGCUUGAUGUGCUCGAGAGUUGGUUGGACUUCACAGGAGAAUUGGAGCCCCCUGAACCCCUGGCCCGACUCCCACAGCUCAAGUGCCGCAUCAAACAGCUUCUGACGGACCUGGGAAAAGUGCAGCAGAUGAGCACCCUCUGCUCUGUGUGAUACACACAUUAUAGUGUGUGUUAUGAGCGAAACCUCACGUUUCUUCGCACACAACUACGUGUUUGAGAAGGUUUAUUCAACAUGAUUCUCCUGUUCAGUAGAUGUGCACUUUGUGAAGUAAACCGUUGGCCAUCGCCAAAUAUGAGUAAAGGAAAGUUCACACGUAAUGUGUGAAACAGGAAGAUGUUGGUGUGUUCAUGUUGAGUCUAAAAACAUAUCUGCUUAAAGAAGUUUUUGUUCUCCAAAAUAGGAAGAGCUCACUGUAGCAGAUUAAUUCUUUCUCAUGUUAAUAGAAGAGAUUAUCUAUUUUAUAAAGGUCAUAACACCACACAUAAAUGUAGUUUUUUUUUUAAAUAUAUAUAUAUUUUUUUUUUUUUGAUCAGUUAGACCCCCAAAGCAAAUCCAGUCUGUAUUUCCACUCUAUGAGCUUAAGGAAAUAUGAACUUGACUGAAGAGGGUCACUGAUAGCAGACUUGUUUUGAUACCAGACAAAUCUGGUUAUAAAGGUUCUCACCACUUCAAAAGUCACUUUAAAGUGCAAGAAAACAGAUCACUGUGGUCUGUUUUUUUCCCCAGACACAAAGUUCAGGAUUUACAAGUUUUUGAAAUGGAUGUUGCAUUUUAGACCAGGAUUGGGCUCAUUUGCGGUCUGAUACACUGGCACUAAAGGUUCACAAUGCCAACAAGCUCAUUAGACCAACACCUAGAUAAUUUUCAUACAACAACUCGUCUAAUACUUUAGCAUAUUUCUCUACAGUCUUGAUGGAUGCUGUAGCAAUUCACAAGAAAACAGGCUACUCUAACUUUAUCCAGGAUGUCCAGAGAUAGGUGACUCUUCUCACUAAUGUCUGUUUAUCAUGUUGAUACUUUGAGAGUUGCUACCAUGAAGUAAGCUAAUCCUGAGAUAGAUGUAAAUGCAUAUAUUGAAUCCAUUUUGUUCCCUUGAAAAAUUUAUAAACAGUUUUUAUAACUGUAAGGAAAAAAAAAAUUAAGGCAUAAGAGGAUAAUACUUAAAAUGCCCGUUUAAUCUCAAUUUCUAUUAAUCUGUACAAAGAGUGUUUUAGAAUUUAGAUUUAAAACUUGAAGUUUCUUUUGAUGAGAAAUACCAGCUGUACAUUUAAAGAGUUUAUUUAAAGACCUGAUGUAAUU